AUGGAAUUUAUGGAAAAAUCCCCAGCCGAAUGGAAACCCGAAGAAGCAAAAGAAGAUUUAGAAGGGGACAAGCGCCGUCCGUCCUGGAAUCGGGGGAGAGUCUGGCACACCGACCCACUAUCGGCAACCCUCGGCCACUCAGUCAGCGGUGGAUUAGCGAAAACAGACAAGAAAUCUCGCAGAGACCGAGCGACACACUCCUCCCCCGAGAGCCCGAAGAUGGUGCUUUUGAGAUGGGACCCGUGGACGAGUCAGGAUGGCAUGCCGGCCCGUCUCGGUGUUGAGAAACCGGGUCCAACAUGGAUCCCGUCCACCUUCGUCUCACGGGGAGCGACUGAUCCGUGA